AUGGACACCGGCAACGAAGCGGCGGCGACCGCGGAGGCCGAGAUGCUGCGCACGCAAAGCACCUUCCAGCAUGGCGACGCGGCUUCUAUGGAGCCCACCUAUGGCGACGCGCAACUCGCUGAGAGCUCGAGCGAAGGCGAAGACGACGACGAGAGCAACAACCACCUGUACAUGAGUCUCGGUGCACAGUACGGCAUGGAGUUCAAGCUCGCGCGGAAGCAGAAGGAGCGGGCCUCUAUGAAUGCGAUUCUGAACCGGCACAAGAUGAACCACUCGUUCGGCGCGGGCGACGACCACAUCAAUGGCGUCUCGCUUGGGCCGGCGCGCCACUCGAUGGGCCACGAGAUGGGCGACUACGCGCGCAUGGACCGCGUGAGCAACUACAGCGCCGUCUCGACCGUUCGGCAGUCCAUGUGCAUGAUGCCCGUCAUGGAGUCGUUGCCCGAGCGCGACGGUUCGGAUGAUAUCCUCGAAGACUUUGACGGCUGGAUGCACAAGAAGGGCCAGCGCUUCAAGAGCUGGAAACUCCGGUACUUUCAGCUGUCGCAAAAGGAGAUCAAGUACAGCACCGAGCCAGGCGGCAAGCACAAGGGCGGCGGCGUCGUCCUCGGUGUCGAGUACCUCAAGAGCGUGCCCUUUGGUCUCACAAUCCGACUUGCACCCAACCGCGCGCUGUACGUCUACGCCGAGUCAACGGAUGAGCAAACAAGAGGACCGACCGUUCAGCUUCAAGCCCGAUACUCCCGGUCAUCGUGGGCGUCGCCCGUUGACUCGCUGCCCGAGCCGAUCCAUGUGCCCAUCGAGCUGCCACACGUGCAGUACGAGCCGCCUCCUGCGCAGUGCACGUCUCCUGAAGGGCAAUUUGAACCUCCCCAAGUGCAAUAUGAACUGCUUCAAGUGCAAUAUGAGCCUCCGCAAGUGCAACCUCAAGGCGUGGACGCCUCUUGCAGCGACGCGUCGCCGCAAGACGAAGAAGACGCGCCUGCCGCCGUCGACGAUGCGUCGCGGGACGACGCUGUUAUGCCCCAGAAACAAUCGAUUACGCUCGGAUCGAUGCCACAAGUGUCGUCCAACGUCUCGUCGACGUCGUCGGAGCGUCGCAUGAGCCACGCGAGGUCAUCGGCCGUGCAUCGCUUAUCGCAAAUCAGCAACCACAGCGGUAGCAUUCGUCUCGGUGGCAACGACGCCGAUGCGAUGGUAGAAGGCUGGCUCUUCAAGCAAGGUCGCAUUGUUAAAAGCUGGAAACAGCGGUACUUUCGGCUCCUCGACCACACGCUCAGCUACCGCGAGACACCCGCGUCGACGCACCUCCUCGGCCACGGUCGCGUCGUCGGCGUCGAGCGAAGCAACACGACGCACACGUUUGGCCUCACCAUCUCCCUCGACGGGAACCGGACGCUGCACGUGUACGCCGAGAAUGAAAUCGAGAUGCGCAAGUGGCUCCGCGCGCUCACAGCACUCGUACAAGCCAUACCACGCACAACUGGCGAGACGCUUUUCAAGCAGUCGCGGACCCACGGCGCGUUCCUCAAGAACUUUUCGGGCUGGAUGUCGAUUCCGUCCGGCUUGUUCAACGCGUCGCUCAAGCGCUGCUUCUUUACGCUCCAUGGUGCCGAGCUCACGCAGUCGGACGACGCGCCUGCCCUCGUGACGCGCACCGAUACCAUCCACCACGUCGUCGCGUGGUCGGGGAAACCCAAUGGACUCGAGUUCCACAUGCGCAGCAACAAGGUCUGGAAGACCGUGUGUCCAUCGCAGUCGGCUGCCGCGGCGUGGCUCGCAGCCAUCAACGACAACCUCAAGCGACAAGACUUUACGGUCGAGCGCUUCCUCAAGCGCUGCGUCGUGAAGGAGCUGCCGACCAUCAUGUGCGGCUGGGCGACGCAGAUCAACAACACGCCGCGAGGCAAAGGCAUCCGACAGUUCUAUGUCUUUGACACGCUGCAUCUGAGCGUUGCUUGUGACGUGGAUGCAAUUGUGCAGCCGAUCGAUGUCAUCACGCGCGUGACGCCGUCGUCGGUCGACUGCGCGUUUGAAGUACACUUUGUGUCCGAGCCAAUGCUCGUGCUGCAGUGCGACUCGGUCGACGGCCUCCGAAAUUGGCACCUUGUGAUCCGCACGUGCUUGAAGGAGCCCAUCCGACAGUCGUUCCGGUGUCCAUAG